GGGCCUCUGACAACAACUGACAAGCCACCACGCACACCACCGCCGACCGUUUUUACAGAGCGUGCGGUUCGUCAACACCCGGAACACGGCGGUGCGGGGUGUGACGUCGGUGAACCCCAAGUUCUUCCACAUGGCGCUGCUGCAGGCGAGGGGCGUCCGGAUGAGCGGGCUCCGGAUCAGCGCGCCGGCCGGCAGCCCCAACACGGACGGCAUCCACAUCGAGCGCAGCGCCGGGGUGUCCAUCACGGACGCGCGCAUCGGCACGGGCGACGACUGCAUCUCCAUCGGCCAGGGCAACGACGGCGUGGACGUGGCCCGCGUGCGGUGCGGCCCUGGCCACGGCAUGAGCGUCGGCAGCCUCGGCCGGUACGCCGGCGAGGGCGACGUCACGCGGGUGCGCGUCCGCGACGUCGUCUUCACCGGCACCGACAACGGCGUCCGCAUCAAGACGUGGGAGAACUCCCCCACCAAGAGCAGCGCCGCGCACAUGCUCUUCGAGAGCUUGCUCAUGGUGGACGUCCGGAACCCCAUCAUCAUCGACCAGAAGUACUGCCCCUACUACACCUGCGAGCACAAGUACGUGUCCGGGGUGACGCUCCAGGACAUCCAGUUCAAGAACAUCAAGGGCACGACGACGACGCCGGUUGCGGUGACGCUCAGGUGCGGCGUGCCGUGCCAGGGCCUGGUGCUGCAGGACGUGGACCUCAAGUAUAAGGGGGAGGGCGGCACGUCGGCCAAGUGCGAGAACGCCACGGCGAAGUAUGUCGGCUACCAGUUCCCCAAGCCCUGCACCUAGGUGGCCGCCGGCGAUUUUUUUUUUUCGCGCGUUGCCGGCGGCGGGCCGCCGACGAUGUGUGCGCAGGACGGUGGGCGUGCGUGCGUGCUCCAAUGCGUUGCGAACUGAGCUUAAUUUGAUUCUUUGGUCGUGUUUAUCUACAUGCCUUUUAUUUUCAGUUUGUUGUUUAUCUUUUUGAUGUUUCUUGAUAAAUGGUUAUCAGAUUUUUGUGGCAAGGAAUUGGUGAUGUAAGCAGACAAUACCCUAAACUUUGUCAUGCAAAAGACAC